AUGCUAUUCAAACAGCAGGCGUGGCUGAGACAGAAGCUUCUGGUCCUGGGAAGCCUCGCCGUUGGGAGUCUCCUGUAUCUUGUUGCCAGAGUUGGGAGCUUGGAUAGGUUACAACCCAUUUGUCCCAUUGAAGGCCGAUUUGGAGGAGCCCGCAGUCAGGCUGAAUUCCCACUCCGUGCCCUACAGUUUAAGCGUGGCCUGCUGCAUGAGUUCCGGAAAGGCAACUCUUCCAAGGAGCAGAUUCACCUCCAUGACCUGGUCCAGCAACUCCCCAAGGCCAUCAUUAUUGGAGUGAGGAAAGGGGGCACAAGGGCCCUGCUAGAGAUGCUGAACCUCCACCCAGCAGUGGUCAAAGCAUCUCAAGAAAUCCACUUCUUCGACAAUGAUGAGAAUUAUGCCAAGGGCAUUGAGUGGUAUAGGAAAAAGAUGCCUUUUUCCUAUCCCCAACAAAUUACAAUUGAAAAGAGCCCAGCAUAUUUUAUCACGGAGGAGGUUCCGGAAAGGAUUUACAAGAUGAACUCAUCCAUCAAGUUGUUGAUCAUUGUCAGGGAACCAACCACAAGAGCUAUUUCUGAUUACACUCAGGUGCUAGAAGGGAAGGAGAGGAAGAAUAAAACGUAUUACAAGUUUGAGAAGCUGGCCAUAGAUCCUAAUACCUGUGAAGUAAACACAAAAUACAAGGCAGUAAGAACCAGCAUCUACACCAAACAUCUGGAAAGGUGGUUGAAAUAUUUUCCAAUUGAACAAUUUCACAUUGUCGAUGGAGACCGCCUCAUCACAGAACCUCUGCCAGAACUUCAGCUCGUGGAGAAGUUCCUAAAUCUUCCUCCAAGGAUAAGUCAAUACAAUUUAUAUUUCAAUGCUACCAGAGGGUUUUACUGCUUGCGUUUUAACAUUAUCUUUAAUAAGUGCCUGGCGGGCAGCAAGGGGCGCAUUCAUCCAGAGGUGGACCCCUCUGUCAUUACCAAAUUACGCAAAUUCUUUCACCCUUUUAAUCAAAAAUUUUACCAGAUCACUGGGAGGACAUUAAACUGGCCCUAA